UCGAUAUCCAUCGCCGUUCACAUUUGUAUUAAAAAGGACAGGAGAUGUUAUAUUGGUUUACCUGAUUAUAGCUCCCCCGUAGUAGUCUUUACCCAAUCGUGGUGAUAUAGUUCAGCUAGUUGGACAAAAUGUCAUCGGCUCAGCAGGUUUAUCACGACAAAGGUCGUUUCACUCGGCCGGACAGUAUUUUUCGAAACUUCAUCUCCAAGGACCCGAAUUCACAGUUCCCGGCUGAGAAGGGUCGUUAUGCAUUAUACCUCUCCCCUGGCUGCCCAUGGGCCCAUAGAACUAUGAUAGUGCGGCUCCUCAAAGGCCUCGAUUCCAUCAUUGAUGUCUACCAAGUUCAUUUUCACAUGGGCCCUGAGGGGUGGUACUUCAGUGGCGAAGGCGGCUCACUAACAGAAGAUCCCCUCCACGGGUUCAAGAAGCUCAAAGAACUGUACCUCAAAGCCGAUCCCAACUACACAGGUCGAUAUACAGUCCCUGUAUUAUGGGAUAAAAAAGCCGAUGUCCUAGUGAAUAACGAAUCUUCAGAGAUUAUUCGUAUGCUUUAUUCUGAGUUUGAUGAGUUCCUUCCAGAGCAUCUCCGCGAAGAAAACCGCCCUGGCCAUGGUCUCUAUCCACCGCAGCUCAGAGCUGAGAUCGAUGAGAUGAACGAUUGGGUGUAUAACACCGUCAAUAACGGUGUUUACAAGGUGGGCUUCUCAAGAUCGCAAGAAUCGUAUGACGAAAAUAUACGCCCGCUAUUCGCAUCCCUCGAUCGCCUUGAAGAGCAUCUUGGUCAUGGCAAACCCUUUCUCUUUGGAGACUUCAUCACCGAGGCCGAUAUACGCCUCUACACAACCUUGGCGCGUUUCGACGUUGCCUAUCAUAGCGUCUUCCAAUGCAAUUUAAAGUUAAUUCGACAUGACUAUCCUCGACUUCAUUCCUGGCUUCGGAGGCUGUACUGGGAUCAGGAUGAAGAGGGGCCACUAAGAGCUGCGUUUUAUCGCACUACCGAACCAAAUAUCGGGCGCUAUGCGCUGGGGUAUGCGGAUUCUAAAUGGAGGAUUGUCCAGGAGAGCCAAGGGCCUCUGAUUGUACCAGCUGGGCCAUUGGUGCUGAUGGAGCCAUUGUAAACAAAGCGUUCCAAGUGGUAGGGUCGAACACUGUAAGGUCAAUUGGACUAAGCAAACAGAAUGUUUAAUAAGGCCUCUAUAUAUCAUAUAUUGCAUCAAAUCAAGAUCC